GUUUCUUCAUUUCUGGUUUGAGCGUGUGAAUGUUUGAGCGGUCUGUGUGAAAGCAUGAUCGUUGGAUGAUGUUGGCGGACAAAAUAUUAACGCGCCAAUGACCGUCGGCUUUAAAAGCGGGAGUUUCGGAGAUAAGGACCGCAUCAGGCGUGGCUCCCGCCUAAGAAGCAGGAAGCCAGCGGGCGCAGCGCAUGAUUAUAAACUGAUAAGAUAAUUCAUUCUAUUGUCAUCAUCAUCGAGUAAGAUUGUCGGAAAGAAUCAAUCUCAAACUCGCCAAAGUAUAUUCUUAGAGCAGCAGUUGACGAUCGGGGAUCAUACAUUACAAAUUCUGCAAAUGUCAAUACUAGAAAGGUCAAAUUGUGUACACAAGGGGCUUCAAAUUCAUAUAUGAGUGGUGAUGAACUUUGAUUUUGCAUAGUGUUCUUGUUAAUAACAACCAUCAUAUAUCCAACUAUGCGUGGCUUCUUAGUAGUAUUGAUCAUUGCAACAAUCGAUCUUGCAUUGGUACAUUCAGCUUCUCGUCCAGCGUCACCUAACGGAGUGAAUUUAAAUGAGUGGUCAAAGCUUGUAGAAGUUCCAGCUGAUCAUAGUCCGUUGGAAUAUCCAACUUACUCGCAAUCACGUCAAAAAUUCCCAUCAACUCGUCCAAAAUCACCUCCAGCCAAACCUGUCAACUUAAAAGAAUGGUCAAAACUUGUAGAAGUUCCCGCUGAUCAUCAUCCGUUGGAAUAUCCGUCCUUGGAUUCUCCAAUUAAAGAUCAUGAGCGAGUACAUGUUUUACACUUUCCAAGUACCAAAUCAAACCCGAAUUCACCUCCUGGUAAAAUGAAUGGUGUUGUUAAAAGCCCAAAGCGAAAAAGAGUUCUCGAUACUGGUAUUGUGGAAGCACGUGUUCCGACAAGAAGGGCACAAUUGAAAGCAAUGAUUCAAGCCAAGACAGCAAAAGAAGAGCAUUAUACAGAGUUGGAAAACAUCCGUAUGGAUUCUCCGGAAAACAAUGUCAGCGGCCAAGAGCCAGUAGCUCAAGCAUUUCAUCCUAUACAAGAAAACUCGAAUACCCUUGGCACACAAAAUCCGGAGCUUAAUUUCAAGCCAAGCAAAAACAGAAAGAUUCUUGAUGCGCAAGCAAAGCUGAAGAAGAAGGAAACAGACCAGAGAUGGUACAAGAAGUAUAUGAACAAUAUCAAGACAGAUCCGGAAGCUAUGAAAGCGUAUAAAAUGAAGCGUAAGAGUAUGCUUUAUACGAACAAAGCAGAAAAAAUCACAAAUCCCGUUGAGAAGGAAAACUACUUACGAAGGGUACGUGAAGUUGCUUCAUACUCUAGAAAAAGGUAUGCUCAUCGUAUGAAAGCCAAGACCGGCUUUGUAGAUAAACAAAGUAAGCGAUAUCACGAUAGUGCUUUAGCGAUCAAAGCUGGAACUGCAACAGAAGAAGAUAUCAAGCGAGUGCAAGAAAGAAGACGAAGGUCAAGAGAAGCUUACCACAAGAAGAAGAUCCGCAAAAAUGCAGAGUAA